CGGAGAUAAGUUAAAUGUUCUUAUUUCAGUGGGUUUUACAGCAUCUACAUGAGACUGAACAUGCCCCUGUGUUCAGCCGACCUCCGCCGAAAAUCCCAGUCUUGUUCUUUUAGUUGCUUUUGCGCUUUGGUGACGCGCUUCGGUUUCCAUCCAUGCGCUCCGGGCGGCAGUCUUUACUUUCGAUGUACGAGAGUUUGAGGUUUUCAUCCGCUGAGUAGACAUCUGAUGAGAAUAAUCUGCAGACAUGGCUUCGACUCAAGACAAGAACAGGCAGCGUUUGAGGCAGCUUCUGAAUGAACCUGGGAAUGGAACCUGUGCAGACUGCGGAGCUGCAGACCCGGAGUGGGCGUCCUACACUUUGGGCGUGUUUGUGUGUCACAGCUGCUCUGGCCUCCAUAGAAACAUUGCUCAGAUCAGCAAGGUGAAGUCUGUCCAUCUGGACCCCUGGAGCACUUCAGAAGUGGAGUUUAUGAACUCUGUGGGUAACAAUGCUGCCAAGGCUAAACAUGAACAGAUAGUUCCCGCCUUCUACUACAGACCCACACACAAAGACUGCACGCUCCUCCGGGAACAGUGGAUCCGAGCCAAGUACGAGAGGAAGGAGUUUGUAUGUGUGGAGAGGCAAGAGCCCUACUCUGCAGGCUACAGAGAGGGGUUUCUAUGGAAACGAGGCAGAGACAACGGCCAGUACCUCAGCCGAAAAUUUAUUCUGUCUGAACGGGAGGGUGUCCUGAAGUACUUUAACAAACAUGAUGCCAGAGAACCCAAAGCAAUAAUGAAAAUCAACACCGUGAAUGCAUCUUUUCAGCCAACAAAAAUUGGAACUGCUCACGGCCUGCAGAUAACUUAUCUGAAGGACAACAGCACCAGGAACAUCUUUGUGUACCAUGAAGAUGGCAAGGAAAUGGUGGACUGGUUCAAUGCCAUCAGAGCAGCCAGGUUUCAUUACCUGCAGGUGGCCUUUCCUGGCGCUCCAAACACUGACUUGUUGCCAAAACUAACCAGGAACUACAUAAAGGAGGGUUACAUGGAGAAGACAGGUCCAAAGCACACAGAGGGCUUUAAGAAGAGAUGGUUCACAAUGGACGACAGGAGGCUGAUGUACUUCAAAGAUCCACUGGAUGCCUAUGCCCGAGGUGAGGUGUUCAUUGGAAGCAAAGAGAGCGGCUACAUUGUGCUUUCUGGCCUCCCCACAUCCAUUCAGGGCAACCACUGGCAGUUUGGAAUAACCAUAGUAACACCAGACAGGAAGUUUCUUUUUGCAUGCGAGACUGAAGAGGAUCAAAAAGACUGGAUCGCUGCAUUUCAGACGGUUAUCAACCGACCGAUGCUGCCUCAAGAAUAUGCAGUGGAAGCCUAUUUUAAGCACAAACCAUGACCGUGUUAGUGCUUGGAAAACUAUCAGCGCAGGAUGAAGAGUAGGAAGUGAAGGUGGAGGAAGAAGGAAGGGUCCUGAGAGGUAUUUUCAGUCACCUAUUUAGUGGAUGCCUUUAGAAAGUGUCAGAGUGAAAGAGUCAUGGAUCAAAAGGUUAGACAGCCUCAACUGCAGAUACUAUCCCACAAUGACACUUUUAUUCUGACCCACCAUCCUCCCCCAACCUCAGACCCAUUUUUCUUGGACUCAGACUCACUCCUGAGCUCGUGAAUGUUAACUCACUCAUCUGUCAUGUGAUGUGACUUGGAUACUUGAAAGGGGUCAGCCCUGACCUGAAUGUGCAGAGGUAACGUAUGUACGCCUUGUGUGUGGAAAUCAGAAUCAUUGCUGCUCAGAUAUUAAAUAAUUUUGACGUGUUCUUCUGCACAUUCCAUAAUAUGUCAUAAUACUGUCAUCACUAAGGUGUUUAAUGCCACUGAACGCAGAUUUUAACCAAGUGUACAAACUAUAUCUAAACAAAUGUUAUCUAGUAUUGGACUAUAAUGUCAGUAAAACAUGGUCAGCUCAGUUUUAUUUCCAUGCAUGAGUACAAUUAUUUAACAUUUUUGCUGUAUUUAUUUUUUUUAACCCUUUAAUUUACCAUAUGUUUUUCAUAUUUGGGUGCCAAGCACUGUAGCUACAUUAAGCUAAAUGCUUUUGUUGUACGAACUAAAUAUUAACUAUCCUGUGUGAUAUUUAAUGUCACAUUCAAGGAAUGAUUCACAUCCCUUUUGUCAGUCGUUUCUAUUUUUUUCCUGUAAAAUUGUAUAAUGUGAUCCUGGUGAACGUUUGGCAAUUAUCUAUCUAGAAGAGGGAGAUAAAUUAAACUGAUCCCAAGAUUUUUAUUAACAUUAUCAAUCCAAUGAUGUAAGAUGUGCACAGUAGAUUAUUAUAUGUGUUAAAAAUACAGAGAUGGUACUGAAUAUUUGGAUGGUAAGUGAUUUUUCUUCCAGCUUCAAAAAGACUAAACAAUAAACUAACAGAGGAAAAUACUGAACAUCCACCA